AAAACAGAGUCUCAUUCGCUCGCUAACCGUCGAGCGUGCGUUAGUUUUGUUUGUUUUCGGGCUCGUCACGUAAGUACAUUGUUUUCUUCCCUCGUGAAACGAAAUUGCAUCGUGUAGUAUCAGGGGCUUUACGCGUCGCGACGAACAAUACUCGCCGGGGUGAAUUUUCCUUCUUUGUGUUAAAUCUGUGAAGCAUCGAAUCUGUUGUGUUUUUAUCUUUUUGACUGUUUUUAUCGAAAAGUGUGAUCAUCGACUUUGUGCGACCAGCCUGUUUUACUUUUGGAAUCAAGGCGAAUCCGACGAACUGGAAGCCACUGAAAACAAUCAUAGCGGAACUUCGAGUUUCAUUUUCAAGAUAUUCGGGGCACGGCAACACGAACCGUACCUGCCAUGUCGGUUCCUAUUUAAGACCAGCAGGAUGUCGACGAGCACCGCCACCGGAGGUGGAGGCGGCGGCGGGGGAGGAGGAGGUAGUGGUGGCGGCGGGGGAGGGGUCGGAGGUGCCCUGACAUUGAUGGGCUGCGUCAGGGAAGCGUCGCCCCCGCCGCAAAAUCAUCAGAAUCAACAUCAUCGAACGCACGGCCUCGGCGAGUACUCGGCACAGAACAGCGUCGAUCCGCUGCCAAAAGAGCCAAAGAAGCGCCGCUUCCAUCCGCUUCGUGGCCUCAGGAGAAUCUUUCGGCGUAAAAGUCGAGGACCUGCGGAUGCUCGAGUGGUCGCCAGCCAUGUUGAUCGAGAUGCGGAACUUGUACGACUUCCGAGGGAAGACAUCACCGACAGACAUCCUGCGGGACGUCCCGAAGAGGCUCGCAGCAGGAGCGCUAGCGAGCUACUCACGGACUCGUGCGAUCGAGACAGCGGGCAAACCGCAUCGAGAAGGUGCAGGUUAACGACAUCCUCCAAGUCGCACCGCUCCUUCAAACACGUGUUCCUCAGGAGGACGGGCAUGGAGGAUUCGUUUGUGAAACUACGAGGAGGAGCCGUAAAAUUGUCCGUUUCGCACGACAGCGUUUUCCCCGGAGAAGUUCCUCACACUCGACCUCUCUCGUCGCUGGCCAGCCUAGCUACCCUCGAGCGGAGGCAAACGAGAAAGAGCAACGAGAUCGAGCACAAGGAGUACAAUCAACACGUCGUGCAGAGGCACAGGAUAUCUCUUCGGGUGCUCGAGCAAAUAAAGACGGUCAUAGAGAACCGGAAUCAGCUAGCCUCGGCGACCUCCUCGGAUACCACGAGCACCAUACACGCUGUCGGUGAACGUUAUCAGCAGGAAACCGCCGAGAAUCGUUUCAUCGGCUUCGAGAAGCAGAAUAAGAACGGAGAAGAAAAUCAAGCGAAGGGCUCAAAAUCGCCAAAGGACACGAUCGAUCAUAUUAUACCUGUGGCCAAAGAAGAUUUACCGCAACUGGAAAGCGCCAGUUUGAACCAUACAGCGGCACAUCACCGAAUUGCGGUUCGACCCAAAAACCGGAGGCCUCCGAGGCGUACUGGCUCUCAAGCUGCCAACACAUCCACGUCGACGAUCACGACCAUAGCGGAGGAUUCGUUGGACAGCUUGGACCAGCAAACGGUCAGCGUGAACAGCAAUGCGUCUUCACCGACUGAACCGAAGAACGUGUCUAUCACGAGGAAAUCUUCGAGUAGAUUGUCGCGUACGUCGGACAUUUUCGAGCAACUGGAAGCUAAACUUCCUAGAAAGCCACCUAGCGUGGCCUCUUUGUCCCCGGACAGCCUGGACGCCGUGACUACCUCGAGAGCGAGUGUCGAGGUGAACGACGACUUGGAGAAGCAGCCAGAAGUUCGAUCGAUCGUCAGGAAAGCGUCGAAUCGAACACCAAAGAAUACUGAGAUGUUCGAAGAGCUGGAAUCGAAGCUACCUCGAAGGAGAUCCUCCAACAGAUUGUCGAAAUCGCCUGACAGUCUAGAAGUGGCUCCCAGUUGGUUCUCCAAAUCUACGGAAGGCUUCGACAAAUUAAUGGAGUACGAACAAGCAAAACCCGUGACUCGAAGACUGCUAAACCCAAUCUCGAAGUCGAUCGAUCGCGUGUCCAAGUCUUCCGACAGCCUAGAAGCGAUAGAGGCGUUAGCCAGCGACGAAUCCAUCGAGCGUAGGAGGAGCAGCUUCGAGUUGCGCGCUCGCAGAUCUUCCAAGAACAUAUCAAAGUCGUCGGAGAAUUUCGAGGUUCUGGAACAAACGCAGAUUGGAACGGAGACUGCUCAAGAACUACAGAAGAGGAGUAGUAUUUCGGAUAUCAAUCUGUCUCGGGGAAGAAGGUUAUCGAAAAGUACGUCCAAGUCGUCGGAGGAUUUCGAGAGGAUCGAGAUAAGCGAGCCGAAAGACGAGGAGGAAAAUAUCGGAGAUAGUUUCGGCAAAUGCUGCAGGAGAUCCUCGAAACGUAUGUCGUCCGAAAGCUCUGACAAUUUGGAAUCGGAUGACAGAUUGGAAAACAGGAGAAUCAGAAGAACACCAAAAAGAAUACCGAGCACCAGUUACGUGGACAUCGUCCCAACGGACGAUGGAGAGGAAGAGAAAAGACCGAUCAUGGUUAGGAAACCAGCCAGGCUUCAGAAAUCGUCUGAAAGCUCGGAGCUUGGCAGUACAGAUACGUUGGAUUCUGAGAGGAGGAAUAAGUCGUCGGAGAGUACCGAAACUCUGGAUAGUUUGGAGAGAGAUUUGGAUCAGGAUAGGAAACACGAAGAUCUCGCGGAUGCUGUUGCGGACAGACGCGACAAAAAUGAUCCUUGGACCAAUAAACCUCUAAUGACGUCGCAUUCGGAACAAAUUUCAAUGGCGGACGGCACGGAGGACUCCAAAUCCUUGAUCUCACCGGACAAAUUCUACUGGCGCCAAUCAUCGGAAUCGAAGGAGAACAUCGACAUUCAUCAAUUAUUAGCCAUCACGAUAGUUACCAGAAUGGCCGACAACGGCAAUAACCAACGAAGCUCUGUGAUUUAUCCUAAGAAAAAGCAACAGAUCACCACGUCACAGCCUACCUCGCCAGUCGCUAAACAAGAAGAUAACAAAAUGAUCUUCGACAAUCUCCUCGUUAGUAAGAACGACGAAGAUUUACAAAAUAUGUUAAACGGCAAUAUAUCCGAAGUAUCCACGGACACGAAGAGUUUCAAGGAGAAACUAAUCAUGUUCGAGAAACUCGGCAAAUGAACACUACACACAUCUACACACGUAAUUAAUUAACAGGCACGCGUUUGAUUGAUUUUCGCCUGUUUAAUGGAAAAAAAGGAUACAUAAGAAGAGAAACUGGUCGAGACUAUGCAAAGCCUUUUUUUCCUAUGUAAACUUUUUUAUAUCUGGAUUUCAUUUGUAGACUGAAUAAGCUGAAGGAAACGAAAUACGAACGAAGACGUUCUACUGGUUAAGACUAUAAGAUGGACAAUAAUGUAAAUUAUUUACUUCAAAUUUUUAUAAUGUUUCUCAUGAGGCGUAUCUUCGUUUCUCACUCGCAAACACCAAAAAAAAAGAAACAAAGGAAAGUGGAAAGGUAAUCAAUAUGUAAAAAGAUUUUAAGUUGGUCCAUGACGAGAAAGUUGUAAGGUCAACGUGUUUAAACAUAAUUACUGGCCGUAAUUACUUGUAAAUCGCGUGUUAUUUAACUUGUUCCGUUGCAAUCGUAUUUUUUCCUCCUUUUUUUUCUACAUGUAACAAAAAUCGCAUACACGAUAAGAUUACCGGUCAUAGCCGAAUGCAGUAUUAGGUGGUGCGCGAUAACGCGAAUCAAUAUACUCGCGUGUCGUGCUUACAAAUUCUUCUCGUGUUAGGAGCUUAGUGUUUCUUGUUGUACAGUAGCUUAGAGUCGUUAAUAAAUGUCGUGUUUCGUUCCACUGUGUAAAUACAAAAAGGAAAAACCCCAUUGCAAAAUUAGGCACGAAUAAAAGGAAUACGAAUAAAGAGAAUAUAUAAAAGAUAAUAUAGAAAAUAUAAUAGUCAACAUGAUUUAAGGAGUGUUUAGUUCAAUGGCCAAAACGAGCCAUUAAGCGAACACAGGGUAUGUUGUUAAACGAAAUCAUAGUUCAAUUAUAUUUAGAGAUGUUGUGGUAAAAUCUUUGGGAAAUGCUGCCUUUCCAUAUCAAUCUAGUAGUUUCUAUGUGUCGACGCCAAACCACGCGAAAUUAACAGAGAUUAUAUUCUGUACUAUUAGAUAUUCGAUCUACUCUUUCCAGAUUUUGAAGAAGCGAUAAUGCUUUAAAUUGUUUUCUUUUUGUAUGAGUAAUACGAUAAACGAAAUGUAUCUUUUGAUUUUAAAUUGAAGAUUGUACGUCUGAGAAUUAUAAAUUCCACGUUGAGAUCAAAAUAAUCCGUGUACGUUCAAAGGGAAACAGUGGAUCAUCGUGGGGUGAAGAAAAGACGUUAGAGCGUAUCGUCUUCAUCACGUAAUACCGCGUGACAAGACAAGAUACUUCUUUCCAGUCUUUUAAGUGCCUUAACGAAGUACCAAGGAAUCGACUGGUUGCGGACAUUGUUGGAUAAAUCGCGCAGAAACGUUUAUCACUUUCCUCCCUAUUGACCACCUCCCCUUUUAGUUUUCUAGUUAACUGUAAAAGUCUCAAACUCCAAAAGAUACGCGUAGAUUGUUAGAUUAAUGAGACAUAAAUAGAGAAUUGAAUUAACCAUCACUAUAACGUAUAAGAACUGGCAUAAUUGAAAGAAGAAUAUAAAUAAAUAAAUAUAUAUAUAUAAAUAAAUACGCGUAUAUAUAAAUAUAAAUAUAAAUAUAUGUAUAUAUACAUAUAUAUAUAUUUAUAUUUGUAUACAUAUUAUAGUAUAUAUAAAUACAUAUAAAUAUAUACAGGCAUAUAAUACAGAAAGAGUAAAAGUCGCCCAUUUUAAUGUAAAUAAAGCUGCCAUCGUAAUUACA